GGCGUUGUAGGAGACCUGUACACGCCACUGUUGCCAGUGCCGGUCUACAAUACAGCAGCUCUGCGUCUGCAGAGGGAAAUCCUAACACUUGUCCACGCUCUGCUCCACUCCUCUCCUCUCCUCCUAUUCCCCUUCUCCCUGUCUCUCCCUUAUUAUUUUCCUCACUCGUUCUUUCCCUCCCUCUCUUUUACGGCUCUGCCCUAAACUGAGAUGGCAAGAGAGAACCCCCGGCCGGAUGGCGGACGGAUGAGGACCGGACAGCUGCCGGAGGAGACCAGGGAGCAGAAGGGACCGGACAGAACCACAGCAGCACCUCUUUUUUGAGUGACAAUCUCUCUUUCUUGAAAGACUUCUUGUGAGUCAGGAUCAGACAAAGUGAGAGCUUCAUUUUGUUCAAAAAACAUCUCCUGACAGAGGACGAGGAAAGAGGAUGUGUAUUGUUUCUUUGCUUGGUCUCCUAACUUGUGAGGGAAUUUGACUCACUUUUCUUUUUUAUUUUUCAAAUGAUCUUUGCCAUGCAGAGCAGCUAAAGACGCCUGUCAGUGUUUCUGUUUCUGCUUCUUUCCUCUCUGUGUAUAUUGCGAAUUCUGUUGAUGUUGUUUUUGCCCUCGGUUGAUAUGCUGCAACGUCGCCCCUUUACUGGGGUAAAAGAAGAGGAAACAGUUUUGAGAGUUGGUUCUUGAGCCUCAUCCAUGCCAUCAGUGAAGUUUACAGCUUCUCAGCUUUCUCUCUCAUAAAGGUCAUUUUUUCCUUCCUCUUUUUCUUGCUUGUGUCAAUGUGACAGACCUGGCAACCAGAUGCCAGGGACAGGAACUGAGAGGUGACAAUCAGAAGAGGCAAGAACAGAAGACAAGGACCCAAGGACAAGAAAAGGAAGAAAUAUAGAGAGGAAAAAAAGAGAGGAGGAGAGAGAGAGAAUGCUGGCUUGUGUUCCCUCGUUGACUUCUCUGUGCUUUAGAAACUCUACCCUCGCCUUGUUUAGCGGUAGUGGAGCAACUUAACACGCCAAAGAAAACGCCACGCAUAACUUACACUAAACACCAGACAUCACGCGACUGGCGACAGACACCUGAGGGAGACUGAGUUUGGUGUACUGUAUACCUUGCCAUCCAUCCCACAGGCCACACACCUGUGUCACCUCAGCUGACGCACACACACACACACACGCACAAACACACACAUUUACACACACACACACACACACACACACACACACGCACGAACACACACAUUUACACACACACACACACACACACACACCUCCCUGGCUGCCUUCUCUUCUUCCUACUCCACACACACACACACACGCACGCACACACACAAACACACACACACACACAAACUCGCUCACACCUGGAGAUUUGUUUACCUUUGACUGGCUGCAGCAGGUGUCUGAGUGUGUGUGUAUUGUAGGUGUGUGUACAGGUGCCUGUUUUCACUGUUCACCUGGAUCCCACACUGUGCUAAAGACUCUCCAGGUGAGACUGAUUACAAGAGGACUUAUUCUACAAAACAGGAGAUAUCACUCAUCUAGAGGAUCUAUUCAGGAGGACUGGUUUUUAAAUGUGGAGUUGAUUACAUUAGGUUGGGCACGAGAUUGAUUGGUGAUUGGUGGCAUUCUAAAGGAUUGAUUCCAAAUUCUAAGGGAUUGAUUCCAAAACAUGAAUUGAUUGAAUUGAAUGGACUGACUGAGAGAGAGAGAGAGAGAGAGAGAGAGAGAGAGAGAGAGAGAGAGAGAGAGAGAGAGAGAGAGAGAGAGAGAGAGAGAGAGAGAGAGAGAGAGAGAGAGAGAGAGAGAGAGAGAGAGAGAGAGAGAGCGCGAGAGAGAGAGAGACUGCAACUGUCUUCCUCCCCUGGCUCAAGUACCAACAACCAAGCACGACUAUUGCGGCAGUUUUCGGAUGUGAGAGGGUCCAGUCGGUGGUGGGGGGUGGGCUGGUGGCCGGCGACACUGCUACGGCUACAGGAGCUGCUUCUCUGGACAGGGGAAAGGGGUAAGGAGGAGUCCUCAAGGGAGCCGCGAUGGGGAACGCAGCCGGGGGCAUCGACCUGCCCCUGGGGGGCAAGGAUGGGGGCAGGGGCACCCCCACUGGAGGGGGCACCCCGGGCAUGAACCACAGGCAGCCAGCGGGGCCCAAGCUGCCCAUGCCCUCGGAGGAGGAGCUGGAGGAGAGAUUCAAUGCAGUGCUGAACUCCAUGAAUCUGCCACCAGAUAAGGUCAAGCUUCUGUGUCAGUAUGACAAUGACAAGAAGUGGGAACUUGUUUGUGAUCAGGAGCGUUUUCAGGUGAAGAACCCCCCCUCGGCCUACCUGCAGAAGCUGAGGGGUUAUGUGGAGCAGGGAGUGUCCCGCAAGUUUAAGAGACGUAUCCAGGAAUCCACACAGGUGUUGAGAGAGCUAGAGAUCUCCCUACGAACCAACCACAUAGGUUGGGCACAGGAGUUCCUAAAUGAGGAGAAUAAGGGGUUGGAUGUGCUGGUGGACUAUCUUUCUUUCGCCCAGUGUGCAGUCACGUAUGACAUGGACAGUCUGGAUAAUGGUGACAUGGUGCUAGAGAGAUCUUUGGAGGACCUGAGCCGGAGUGCCAGCAACUCGCCUUCCCAUAAUACAGCGCGGGGCACGCGGGGAUAUCCUGUGCGAUUUAACUCUCUCCACAACAGGAAGGCUCUGAGAAACUCUCGUAUUGUGAGCCAGAAAGACGACGUGCAUCUUUGCAUCAUGUGCCUACGAGCCAUCAUGAACUACCAGUCUGGGUUUAACCAGGUGAUGACCCAUCCGCACUGUGUGAAUGAGAUCGCACUCAGCCUCAACAACAAAAGCCCAAGGACCAAGGCCCUGGUGUUGGAGUUGCUGGCUGCUGUGUGUCUGGUGCGAGGUGGCCAUGACAUCAUCCUAUCAGCCUUCAGCAACUUCAAAGAGGUGUGUGGGGAGAAGAGUCGCUUUGAGAAGCUGAUGGAGUACUUCAGGCAGGAAGAGAGCAACUUUGACUUCAUGGUGGCGUGUAUGCAGUUCAUCAACAUCGUGGUGCACUCAGUGGAGAACAUGAACUUCCGGGUGCACCUGCAGUACGAAUUCACACACCUGGGCCUGGAUGGAUACCUGGAGAAAUUAAGAGAGACGGAGAGUGAGCGUCUUCAGGUGCAGAUCCAGGCCUACCUGGAUAACGUGUUCGAUGUCGGUUCUCUACUGGAGGACGCAGAGACCAAGAACGUGCUGCUGGAACACCUGGAGGAGGUUCAGGAGCACAACAGACAGUUGAACAGCAGGUUGGAGGAGAGUGAGAGAGAAAGUGAAGAGAAGGUUUGCGAACUGGAGAAGCAGCUCAUCCAGACCACAAAAGAAGUGGAGAUACUCAAGGAGAGUCUGCGCGAGUCCUAUGCGCGCUGGACAGCGCUGCAGCAGCGAGAGAGAGAGAAGGAGUUGGAGAGAGAGCGAGAGAGGGAGAGAGAGCGGGACAGAGAUCGGGACAGGGACCAGUCAAUACGGGCCCUGACUGAUCUGCAGCAAAAGGUCCAGACACUGGUGGAGCUGGGAAUGAUCCGGACAGAGGUCAAUGCUUUGGGGACGCUGGACCUAGUGCCUGUCACGGUGGCUGUGCAACAGCCAGAAACUACACAGGCCAUCCCACAGACUGAAAAUGAAGGGGCACCGAACACCUGUCCAGCCAGCCCCGAUGCCGCCAAGCAAGGCACCCAGUCCCAGCCUGGGUCACCUUGUCCCCCUCCCCCUCCCCCUCCCCCUCCCCCUCCUCCACCUCCGGCCUCUCCACCGCCGCCCCCACCUCCUCCUCCACCACCUCCACCACAGUGGGUCCCACCCUUGUCGAGAGCAUCGGAUGGCCCAACAACACCAGCUACAGGAGUGAAGAGCAGGAAGCCUAUUCAGACUAAGUACCGCAUGCCCCUCCUCAACUGGCAGGCCCUGAAGGCAGAGCAGGUGGCCGGCACCAUCUUCACCGAGCUCGAUGACGAACACGUGCUGCUGGAGUUGAACAUGGACUCGUUUGAGGAGCAGUUCAAGACCAAAGCCCAGUCGGCGCCGGCAGACAUCGGAACCCUAAAGAUGCGCACGGCCAAUCGGAAGGGCCCUUGCAAGGUGACACUGAUGGAGGCCAACAGGGCCAAGAAUCUGGCUAUCACCCUACGCAAGGGGGGCAUGACCGCAUCCAACAUCUGCACUGCCAUCGAGACUUACGACCUGAAGUCGCUGAGUCUGGACUUCCUGGAGCUGCUGGAGCGCUUCAUCCCGUCGGAGUACGAGCAGCGUCUGGUGGGCAACUACCUGAAGGAAGGGCGCCCCCUGGAGGAGCUGAGUGAGGAGGACCGCUUCAUGGUGCGCUUCGGAGGCAUCCCGCGCCUCGCACAGCGCAUCAGCACCCUCACGUUCAUGGGCAACUUUGGGGACAGCACGCAGAUGCUGCAGCCGGUGAGUGCUUGUUUGCACACACAUAUGCACUCAUGCAGGCAUACACGGAAGGUGAGAGGUUGGUCUGUCGCUCGCUCACUCACUCUUAUGCAUGCACACACACACCGAGCGGAGCAGGACUUGGACCAGAGGAAGAGGCACAGUUCGACGAUGAGUGAUGAUGGCAGAGAGAUACCCAUCGCCUCACCCAAGAUGCCCCAGACUGACCUGAUCGCUGAGCUGAAGAAGAAGCAAGGCACCCUGCUGGUACGGGAGGGCAAGGACGGAGCCAUCGAGGACAUCAUCACAGGCCUGAGGAGCCAGCCGUACAUCCGCACAGACGGAGGCCUGAGACGCAGCGCCAAAUGGAAACCAGCUCAGCAGCUGCAGGUGUCCUCAGACAUCUCCCUGUGAUCCACACACACACAGUUGUGCUCACUUGCACUUCCAGCAUAUGCAAAUUAUUUGCUCUAUCAGAGCUGCUGAUUACUAAUAAACUAAAUUAAUUAAUUAUCCACUCAGCUAUUGUCACUUUCAAUAGUGUCAUACCAGCAUACACACACACACACACACACACACACACACACACACACACACACACACACACACACACACACACACACACACACACACACACACACACACACACACACACACACACACCUCAGGUUGGACUCAUGCCUGUGGAUCAGCAGCGGCAGCAUCACCUGUGAUCUCCAGUGAACUCUCUGUAAGACGGGGCCAGACAGACGUCAACAAGUAAACCAAGUAAACAGGGGUGCAUUUCUGGAAACCAAAGUUGCUUACUACAUUAGCUACUUGUUUUCAAUGCAUUUUCCCAUUGGCAACUAUCGAAGUUGCUAACAGGCUAACAACUUCUCUUUUGAGAAAUGCACCCCAGCACUGUACCCACUGUAGGUUACAGUACUAGCCCCCUUUCUGUCAACAACCAAAUCAAAAGAGAGGACAAACAUAGGGGGCAAGAUUGGGGGGUAAAACCAGAGGUGGACAAAGUAAAACUAGAAGUAAAAUGUAUAGUGUGUAAUUACAACACUAGCACAUAAUAUUACAUACUCUUUAUACCUGUUAUUCCAUUGUACCUAAUGAGGUGGCAAGAUGUUGUUACUGAAAAAAGUCUGAAAACCAAAGCCAAAUGUGAUCCAACCAGUGUAGGAUCUGGUACAUCAUACUAGAGCAGUGGUUCUCGAACUUUUCCUAUCAUUCCCCCCUUCAGAGGGUCUGGAUGCUUCCGAGCCCCCCCGCCAAGCAACAGCAGUAGGCUACUCGCACAGGCUGAUUUUACGAUUGCUGCGUUUGGCAGAAUCAAAGGAAAGGUGACUGGUGAGAUAAAACAAAGAGGGACUGCAGUGGAAUGCAGAUGUGUGUUCAUUUUCUAUAUGACAAUUAAUAAUAUAAUGCUUAUAAUUAUGUAUAUAAUGCUUAAAAUGUAUUGGCUUAUUGGCGAGACAGGAAAUCCCCCCCCCCCCAAAUCAG